UAGCUGCCCUGGUUACCGUUGGUGUUUGCGAAUUCUCUGUGGCGCCUGUUCCGCCCCGGACGGGCCCCGCGGCGGUUUUCACACGCGCGCGCCGGCGUCACGUGGGCCAGGGCUCCCACGCGGACGCUGGCCGGCUGCUGAGGCGGGAGGAAGGCGCUGCGGCUACCGCUAGCCCUUCCCUCUCCGCCCCAGGGCUGGCGCGCGGAUAAAAAAUGGCGAAAUGCGGGGUAGCCGGUGGGGAACCCGACGGGAUGGGGCGCGGAGGUGGCACUGUUGUGGGAGCCUGCUGAGGUGAGCGCAGCUGACCUGGCGACCUCGGGCCGGCGCCUGACAGCGCAGACACGGACUCCGAGGGUCGCCGAGGGCCCCGCCGAGAGCCGGAGGCAAUGGAUGAGCAGAGUGUGGAGAGCAUUGCUGAGGUUUUCCGAUGUUUCAUUUGUAUGGAGAAAUUGCGGGAUGCUCGACUGUGUCCUCAUUGCUCCAAGCUCUGUUGUUUCAGCUGUAUUAGGCGCUGGCUGACAGAGCAAAGAGCUCAGUGUCCUCACUGUCGUGCUCCACUCCAGCUACGGGAACUGGUGAACUGUCGUUGGGCGGAAGAAGUGACACAGCAGCUUGACACUCUCCAGCUGUGUAGUCUCACCAAACAUGAAGAAAAUGAGAAAGACAAAUGUGAAAAUCACCAUGAAAAACUUAGUGUGUUUUGCUGGACUUGUAAGAAGUGUAUCUGCCAUCAGUGUGCACUUUGGGGAGGAAUGCAUGGUGGACACACGUUUAAACCUUUGGCAGAAAUUUAUGAACAACAUGUCACUAAAGUGAAUGAAGAGGUAGCCAAACUUCGUCGACGUCUCAUGGAGCUGAUCAGCUUAGUUCAAGAAGUGGAAAGAAAUGUAGAAGCUGUAAGAAAUGCAAAGGACGAGCGUGUUCGGGAAAUUAGGAAUGCGGUAGAGAUGAUGAUUGCACGACUAGAUACACAGCUGAAGAAUAAGCUCAUAACUCUCAUGGGUCAGAAGACAUCUCUUACUCAAGAAACGGAGCUGUUGGAAUCUUUACUUCAGGAGGUAGAACAUCAGUUGCGGUCUUGCAGUAAAAGUGAGCUGAUCUCCAAGAGCUCAGAGAUCCUAAUGAUGUUCCAGCAAGUUCACCGAAAGCCCAUGGCAUCCUUUGUCACCACACCUGUCCCUCCAGACUUUACCAGUGAAUUAGUACCAUCUUAUGAUUCAGCUACUUUUAUUUUAGAGAACUUCAGCACUUUGCGGCAGAGAGCAGAUCCUGUUUACAGCCCGCCUCUUCAAGUUUCAGGACUUUGUUGGAGGUUAAAAGUUUACCCAGAUGGAAAUGGAGUUGUCCGCGGCUAUUAUUUAUCUGUAUUUUUGGAACUAUCGGCUGGCUUACCUGAAACUUCCAAAUAUGAAUAUCGUGUAGAAAUGGUUCACCAGUCGUGCAAUGAUCCUACAAAAAAUAUCAUUCGAGAAUUUGCAUCUGACUUUGAAGUUGGAGAGUGCUGGGGCUACAAUAGGUUUUUUCGUCUGGACUUACUUGCAAAUGAAGGAUACUUGAACCGACAAAAUGAUACAGUGAUUUUAAGGUUUCAGGUACGCUCACCGACAUUUUUUCAAAAAUGCCGGGAUCAGCACUGGUACAUUACUCAGUUGGAAGCUGCACAGACUGGUUAUAUCCAACAAAUAAACAAUCUUAAAGAGAGACUGACGAUUGAGCUGUCCCGAACUCAGAAAUCCAGAGAUCUGUCACCACCAGAUAAUCAUCUUAGCCCCCAAAAUGAUGAUUCUCCUGAGACACGAACUAAGAAAGCUGGGUCAUGCUCUGACAUGCUUCUGGAAGGUGGUCCUACUUCCGCUUCUGUAAGAGAGACCAAGGAAGAUGAAGAUGAGGAGGAGAAGAUUCAGAACGAAGACUAUCAUCAUGAGCUCUCGGAUGGAGAUCUGGACCUGGAUCUUGUUGGAGAAGAUGAAGUGAAUCACCUUGAUGGCAGCAGCUCUUCUGCUAGCUCUACAGCAACAAGCAACACAGAAGAAAACGAUAUUGAUGAGGAGACCAUGAUUGCUGAGAUUUCAGGUGCAUACAGUAUGUUUUCUCUAUCUAUUUGUUUUGCAGGUAGUAGCCACAGCUAUGUGGGUGCCAGUAGCAGAAUGUCAAGAAGAGCACAUUUAUGCUCUGCAGCUACCAGUAGCUUACUAGACAUUGAUCCUUUAAUCCUAAUACACUUAUUGGAUCUUAAGGACCGGAGCAGUAUGGAAAACCUGUGGGGUUUACAACCUCGCCCGUCUGCUUCACUGUUGCAGCCCACAGCAUCAUAUUCUCGAAAAGAUAAAGAUCAAAGGAAGCAGCAAGCGAUGUGGCGCGUGCCCUCUGACCUAAAGAUGCUGAAAAGGCUCAAAACACAGAUGGCUGAAGUCCGGUGUAUGAAGACUGAUGUGAAGACUACGCUGUCAGAUAUAAAGGGCAGCAGUGUUGCUUCCCCAGACAUGCAGACAAACCUGUUCUGUGCUGACCAGGCAGCUCUGGCUACCUGUGGACCCGAAAACUCUGGUAGAUUACAGGAUUUGGGAAUGGAGCUUCUAGCAAAGUCAUCAGUCGCUGGCUGUUACAUACGAAACCCCACAAAUAAGAAGAAUUCCCCCAAGUCAACUCGGGCCAUAGCAGGCAGUCUGUCACUCCGAAGAGCUGUGGACUCUGGAGAAAAUAGCCGUUCAAAGGGAGACUGUCAGGCUCUGGCUGAAGGCUCCUCGGGAAGCUCUCAGUCUGGGAGCAGACACAGUUCCCCCCGGGCUCUGACACACGGCAUCAUUGGGGAUCUUCUGCCCAAAAGUGAAGACCGACAGUGCAAAGCCUUGGAUUCUGACGCUGUGGUGGUUGCAGUUUUCAAUGGUUUACCUACUGUUGAGAAAAGAAGGAAAAUGGUCACCUUGGGGACUAAUGCAAAGGGAGGUCGUCUGGAAGGAAUGCAGAUGGCAGAUUUGGAAAGUCAUUCUGAAGCUGGGGAGGUACAGCCCACGCUCCCUGAAGGAGCCUCAGCUGCCCCUGAGGAAGGAAUGAGUAGUGACAGCGACAUUGAAUGUGACACUGAGAACGAGGAGCAGGAAGAACACACCAGCAUGGGCGCGUUCAACGAUCCGUUCCUGGCUCAGCCCCCGGAUGAAGAUUCACAUUCCAGUUUUCCUGAUGGUGAACAAAUAGACCCUGAAAAUCUGCACUUCAACCCUGAUGAAGGAGGUGGAAGGUAAUUUGCAGACAUGAGAGCCGAGCUACAAGCUACCUGGUCCCUGAAAUUUGUUGGAAAUUGGUGCUCAAAAUUGUCAGGAGUCAGAUAAUCAGACUUAUUUAGUCCCAUUUCUUUUUGUCAUCUCUACCUGAAAUAGCAGUACUGAAACUAUUAGAAGGCACACAAUUCCAGCAGGGUGCAGUAGUAUAUGUGGAAAAGAUUAAGGCAAAGGAGUUCUUUCCAAUAGAAUGAACUAACAGUGUAGUGCUCAAUUAAUUUAGCAAAUUAGUACAUUAACAAAGGCAGCUUGUCUACUGUAACAGAAAGCCAGCGAAGUGCCAGAAAGUACCUGAAGGCAUUGCGUGAUCUGACCUGGCUCAGCAUCAGUGCUCUUCUGUCUUUGACUGACACAUGGUUUAGAUGGCCAUAGUUAGGUUUUUCAUUAGGCUGUGAUUUCAUUAAGGCUUGUAUAAUAGUGAAUAGGAAGAGUGCUUAUAAACAGAUUUUGCUCAGUGGACACUUUUCCUGAGUAACUGCAGCAAUGUUAAGACAGACUCUUUUCUUUGAAAUAUGACGAUAAGACCAAAUUUUAUGUUUUUCUCACUUGUUCAAGUAUUGGCAUACCUGGUAAUGGCACCCCUUCUCUCAGUUAUGUGACCUUUACAGGUGUCAUUUCAAAUGAGCUCAGUCAUUGGGGAUUGGUUCUAUGCAUGGUCAUUUGAACGCAUGUAAGAUUACUUAAAGUUGUUCAUCUUUUCUGCUUCCUGAAACAUAACUGUAGUCCAACAAAUAUUUUUGAACAAUAUAUUUCCAUUCGUUGGACAUUGAUUUCAGUGAGUGCAUUUAAAGAUUUAUGCAUAUACAUGAAGCUGUGUUCAAGGCUUUCUCCCAUAUUCCCAAUUAGCCCAAGCCCCAAAUGAUUGCCAAAUUUUGCUACUGUGCUCCUGCGUUUGUGUUUGAGCUGUUGUAUGUUUGUGAAUAUCACACUUAAAGCUGGCCGAGAGACUGUUAAAGAAGCGUGGAUGUACAUAGGAGAGCAUCCCUCUCACCUGCAUGUACUUAGUGACUCUCCUCUGUGUCCCAUGGUGAUAGCUUGCUGAAUGCUGUGACUCAUAGUUUACUGUUCUCUUAACAGCUUGCACUUUUCGUUAAUAAAAUUAACUUGAGAAAAUGUGCCUCUGCAGUUUAUUGAAAGUGGGACCAGAAGCACCCUUCCCCCUCUUAAAUUUUUUGCUGUGGCUGUUUAGCAGUGUAGACAAGGGCAUUUUCUUAUGGCAUUGGGCUAAUAAUCAUUCCUUUUAAAACCAAAAGAUUUCUUCAUAAAUAAUAAAAUAUAUGGAAAGAAUAAUUCUUACUCCAAACCCUAGCCAUCCUAUAUACUAAAAUGUCCAACAAGUAGGUGGUGUUUUACUUUUGGUAUUUUGAAUCUUCUGGGGAAGAGGCUCAGAGCCCUUGCAUGCUAGACAAGCAUGUUACUCCUGAACUAAAGUUGUCCGGCAUACCCAGUGUUUCAGUGAUGGCAGGAGCUGCACUGUGGCCACCUUGACUGUGCUUGAAGGCAGGUAGGGAGAAGGGCAGAGGCAUGAUGGUCGAAUCCCUUGCUGUGUCUGCUUGCCCUGUGCUCUUACACUGUGUAUCAGAUUCUUCCCUAAUCAUCCAUCUUCCCUGCAUCGCUUUAUAGAAACAAAACAAAAAACCUUUUCUCUUUUUUGUUGGACAUAAUUUUUUAUUAGUUUUUCUGUUGUACUUUAUUCAGCAUAAGGUGUGUUUGUUUUGUGUGCAUGUGUGUGCGCAUGUGUAUACGCAUGUACAUGAUAGAGAGGUCAGAGGACACCUUAGGUGCCAUUCCUGGGUAGCCAUCUACUUUCAUUUUACUUGAAACCUUCCUUAAAUACCUAGUUAUUUAUCUUAGGGGUUUUUAAAUUUUUAUGUGUAUGUGCAUGGGUGUCUGAGGCCACAGCUGCACCUGAUGCUCAGGUGCAGGGAAUCCCACUCACAAAGCCUCUGGAAAGCUGUGAGAACCCAGCCACUCACCUCUCUAACCUUGGUUUGCCUUCUUUUCCCUUCCCUUUCUUUCUUUUUGUGGCAGGGUCUCACUAUGUAGCCCUGGCUGGCCUAGAAUUCUCUUUGUAGACGAGGCUGCCUCUGCCUUUUCAUUUCAUGUGCCGGGGUUAAAGGUGUGAAUGUGAGCAAAUUGUUUAUGAACAAUUCUGACAACUUGAUUGAAUUCUUCUGUAAUCCUUGAGAUAGACAAGUUGUGUAUUGUUCCCACUUGGCAAAUUUGGGGAGACUGUGCUGCUCUAAGGUUGGACACUAUGCUUUUUUCCAUUCCUUAUGCUUAACCAAACACCAAUAAAAAGCUGAACAAUUGUC